UAUACUUGGUUUUCCUUCCACUUCCAGAGGGUGGAGAUGGAGCCUGAGACUCCUGAGGAGGUAGCCCAGUAUACCCGCGGAUUUCUGAUGUUCCUCUUUGGGACCACUCUGUUUGCCGAUAGGGGGAACACUGUCGAACUUUAUCUGUUGAGUGCCCUAGUGGACCUAUCACAGGUUCGGCAGUAUGAUUGGAGUGGCGCUAGCCUAGCCACUCUUUAUUGCUAUAUGAGCGCGACCUCCCGCGGACGGGGGAACAUACUUGGCGGUUAUUGGAGAGCCUGGGAGCUAUGGAUUUAUGCGUACUUCCCGACACUAGCCCCGGAGCUCGAGGUGGCGAUGCCUCCCGUGACCCCUUACUUGCUGGUAUUUGAGGGCCCAUACCGACCGAGACCUCGGGAGUCUCUUCUCUAUCUACGGCAGUACUUUGACACAGUACGGCCAUCAGAGAUCGCAUGGCAGCCUUGGGCGCCUUUGGGUAGUGACCUCCGAUUCCAGUUUACCGGAGCCUGGGGUUCCUCUCGAUACAGGAUCCUGUUAGAGGGGCCGGUUGGUAGGGCCUGGUUUUUAGGGGAGCGCUUCCUGCGCCAGACAUGGGGCUACCCCGUUUAGGAUGUUCCCUUAGCACCCCCAGACGACAUGCGGACCGCUGAUAGGCUCCCUCCCCAGGGUGUUGUCGACGCUAGGUUGGGUACUGAUGCAUUUCUUCAUCUGGAGCAGGGAGAGUAUGCGACUUAUCGUCACACAUACUUGAUGCCUUCGUUGACAGGAGUCCGUACCCCGACGAGGAGAUCUGCUGGUAUGCCCUCAUCGGGCCGGGCUCGGGCCGCGGACGUCCCUUCCACUAGCAGGGCUGGUACAUCCAGAGGUGGGGGUGGAUUGGUUCCCCUGAUUCCUCCGACUCAUCAUCAUCCUGGGUGGCCAGACAUGCCGACCGAGCUGACGGGAUGGCGAUUCGGGACUCCCUACUCGAUUCCGAUAGAGCCUCCCAUGUCUGACCACAGAUAUGUCAGAGAUCCUGAUUCGCCACCGCCUCCGGUCGAGUAUAUGGAUGAGAUUCUCGGGAUGAUGGCCGCACUCGAGGGCAUGGUCUUAUAGAGAGAGGCACAGUUGUCCAUCAUGGGUGUCCAGGUACUCUUUAAUUUUCUCGCAUUUAUCAUACUUCUGAUGACAUGUUGAACUUGAUCAUUUCACUGCAUUAGUAGGUUGCCUGUGUAGAGUACAUCUGACACACACCACAUUCAUAUACUGUAUCUGCAUGCACCCUCAUUUCAUGUAGUUUGCUUGCAUCUGUAUCUGAUACACACAUUUGAGCUGAUGUAUUCAAACUGCACUUUUUAUUUUCAGA